AUGAGUACUAAAUGGAAUAUUCAAAAAGUUAAUUUCGAUCAAGUUGAAAGUUUAAUCGAUAAGAUAUGCGCAAAACGAAUAACAGCAGCAGUUCAAGAACGCGAUGAUAUGUGGCGUCGCCACGAAAACGCUCAGAUAUUAUUUUUACAAAACGAAAAUUCGCAAAUGUUGACUGGAUUACACGCAGAAAUUGAUCGACUUCAUCAUCAUCUGAGAGAUCUCUAUCACAGACUCUAUGUAAAAAGCUCUGCAAAUUCUACUGCCAAACUUGAAAACGAAAAUGAGCAACUUCGUAAAAGACUCGAAUUGGCGGAACAGAAUGCAAAUGAGUUGAAUCAGAAACUGGAAAAAUGCGAGAAGAAGUCAGCUGCUGUUGAAGAACAGUUCAGUGAGACUAUCAGAAUGCUAAAAGAUCAAUUAGCUUUUCAGGGCAAUCGAAUUCGUCAGCUAACAGACGAACUGCGUGAGAAAACGGCUCAUAUGGCCAAGUUGAUGUCUCAGCUACCAUUUGGAAUCGCAUCUGAUGCAUCAGAAGCAGAUUCUUCAGUUGUUCUCAAGCGUUUUCACUCGCAGCCAGUAGUUCAAUGGAAUGCAGCUCCUGCAUCAUUUUUUGGCAAGAAAACAAAGAAUCUACCUCGUACAGGUUUAACUCGAAGCGUUUCGGUGAGUUAUCCUGGAGGGCGUCCAAAUGUUGUUGUGCGGAGGUACAAUUCGACAUCAUCAACAACACGUUCACAUCAUCUCCCUUCGUUAUAUUCAAAGCCAUGUAACGCAAUGACGUCAGGCUUUAGUAUCGAAAAACCAAUACGUUUACCGCUGCUGAUACUACGUGACCAAAUGUUAUAUACACGAUCGCUGUAUGAAAUUCAAAAUUCGAUCUUUGCAAGCAGCGCAGAAUCUUCUACUUCAACAGCAACAACUUUAAAAACUUCUGUUUUUACGAACAGAUCAGUGUAA